AUGUCACAAUACAACAACAACACAAUCAAUCCGUCUUUCCUCGUUCCUCGCCUUCCUACCCGGAAACAGGUUCCUUCUCAGAACCCUCGUCUCGAUACCACUAAUUUAGAUCCCAACCUUAUCAACAGUGAUCGACCUCAUACAGCUGUUUGUCGACCCGCACCACCACCACUGCACUUACACAGACGUGCCAUCAGCUCUAUCUCCAGUCUUCCCGUGAUUCUAAGCGCUUCACUCGAGCCUAGCUCCAUGUCAUACCAAUGGCCCCCACAAUCAGGAUACGAUUCCCAGAAUUAUAACAACGCAGUCCAACAGUCAUCACAGACCUCCGAUGAGAAGGAGCCGCUCAAUCUCGCUUUAGGUCCAGGUCAGGGUGUGUUGGAUCUGAUGGGUAUGCACCAGUCGGGUCUCUCCAACUCUGCACCUUCGACCGCUACCACAAGCAACACGAGCAACAGCUCCGGAUUUAGCAGUUAUCAUAAUGGCGCAUCGUAUUCCUAUCGUCCUUCCCUCAAUGUCGAUACCAGCAACUCAUCCUUUAUAACUCCACGAACCCCGGUGCAGUUCCCUCCUAAUUCAGCUUAUUCGUCUAAUCCACCUUCCGGAUUCCCCACCGAUAGCACUUCCGAUGGUGAGAUCAUCACUCCCGGAUUGCCCAUCCAAUUCCCCAAUGGGUAUAACACCUUCCCUUCCAAUACCAACAUGACGGAUUUCUACCCUACAAACGACAAACCAGCGGUGUCAUUCCAUGAUUUCCAAUAUUUCCCUUCGCAGUCUACCUACCAAUCUGCUCAACAGAUAUACCAGCCUCAGUCGCAAGGGACUAUAUCGCCUUCUCAACUUGGAAAUACCCAAAACUUGAAACCAACAAAGAGUUUCAGUGAUCUUUUGAUGGGCAGCCGUGCAUCAUCUUCAUCUUCUAGCUCAGCUGAAGGCCAACACGAUUGGAGUGGCAAUGUACUAGACGAAUGGACAAGACCUCUCGGUAAAGCUUUGAAUCAAGAUCCUCAAUCUUCUUCUGCCAUCGAUUUUUCGAACCUUGCUGGACCUUCGCGCAAUCCUCUCUCUUCCCUACCAUCAGUUCAGGUAUCUCCUGCUCCGCCACCAGGUGCUCUCGACGAUGCUAUGCGCCAAUAUGUCCAUGCACCCAAUCGACUAGCUUUUGGCGAGAGGAAAUUGAUCGUCAUGAGUCCAAAAGUCGGCCAGAAAAGCUACGGUACCGAAAAGAGGUUCCUUUGUCCUCACCCACAGGCGACUCUGAUCGGCGGUUCAUGGUGGAACAAAGCUCAAGAUGGUUGUCCGGUGUCUCCACUGGUAGCACCCAGAAUCAACAUCAGUCUCACUGGUGAACAGCCAGUAAAAGAUGCUGCAGUCAGCUGGACAGCUGUCAAUGGUAACAACCUCGACGAGAAGAUCAACACUCAAGCAUUGAAUACGGAGGAUCAACCCUUUGUUGGAAACGUCGCUGGGAAAAACCUACAUAUAUCGGAUAACGAUGGUAAAAGACGUGAAGUCAAGGCUUUGGUAACGAUCAAAGCUCCGUUGAAAGUUUUCGCGGGACCAAACGGUUGGGGAAUAUCCAAGAAUACACUCAAGGAUAUCAGUGAUGAGAGGACAUUAGGUAUAUUUGAGAGCAAGGAGAUUAAAGUGAUCAGUAAACCUUCGAAGAAGAAGUCAAGUGCGAAAGCUGGAGAAAGUGAUCAUGGAUCGACAAUCGCUCUUUUCAACCGAGUCAAAUCGCAGACCACUUCGACGAGAUACCUCUCAGUCGUACCCGAUUUCACUCGUAUAACGGGAUCCGAUGGACUACCAGUCACUGGCGCUCAACCACCUGUGUAUCCCAGUCAAAGAUCUACAUUUAGUGGAUUCACAGCGGAUGCCAAUAAUUGGGAAUCAUUCAUCAUUUGGCUCGUAGAUCCUAAUCGACCCGGUGGACCAAGUUUGGCGCCUCCCCCGCAUGCCGAUUGGCCCUCUCCACCAGCAAACAUCAUCGCUCCCAGUAUACUCGUUCCCCCGAUUCGAUACAAUUCGACUGUAGUUCUGCAAUCACUUCAGACGGGUGUGAUCUCUCCUGUUCUGAUAGUCCGAAGGAUCGAAUCGGAUGCCGAUGCUGUUGGGAUGGAUGGUCAUAACGCGGAUAUCCCCUCGGCCUUACCCAUGGGAGAAUAUGCUGGUGAUUUAGUAUCUCAGCUUCAAAAAGUCGCUUUUGAACUCUACCGAACUGAUACUAUGGAGAGAUUGGCCAACGACCCGAGAUAUGGGGGAUUCUGGCUAGCCUGUGUGCAAGAAGCUGUAUCUGAUCAAUUGGUCGCGCAAGAAAGGAAAUGGAGUAACGUGCAGAUAUCUCAUCGUGGUGGUUCUCGACCAAACUCCGUGCCCAAUACACCUCAACAGAGAUUCGGUGUUUUACCCAUGACGCCGCAUAACGCAUCGAUGAACCUGCCUUCCACGCCUUCCAGUCCGGUCAGCUCAAACUCGUCCACGACGUUUGAUUAUUUCGGUACGCAUAGCAGAAAAUCAUCUACGCACUCUUUGAUGUCGCCUAACAUACCUGAAGUUCCUUUACCACCUUCUUCGACGGAUGGAGGACCAGUUCGAAGACACCGUACGGGCUCGAUGGGCAAGAACGCCAGCGGACCGUUUGUCAGACCCCUUCACAAGAAGAGAGGUUCGUCUUCUGGAUCACUCGAAUACCUCCCUAGUCCCGCCAUGACUUCCUCGCCGGAAAACCAUAGGAUGCAAUGGACGAUGGACGUCGGUGACAGUUGUAUAUGGAGUAUCGUCAGCACCGAGCAAACGACAUAUACGUUCUAUGUUCCACCCUUCGCUCAAGAACCUGUCGAACCCUACGCGCCAUUCCCAAUUGCCAACCGGAUGUUACCUUCGAACCUCAGUGCGGACAAUGGCCCCGCCAGGUACAAUCAGCAAUACACCUCGCAUACGGACGCACCGUUGAUGACAUUGUAUGGAAAGAAUUUUGUCAGAGCACCGGAUGGACAUGCGCAUCACAUAGUGUACUUUGGGUCUACACCGGCUCACUAUAAUGAAGUUAGAUGUCACGAAGUCAUGGCUGCUGCCGAACCGCAUCUACCACCUGGCACUCGAGCACCUAUAUUUAUAGUACGAGAAGAUGGAGGCGUGAUCAUUCCCACCAAUUUGACUUAUCCUCCUACAUAA